CAACCGUCGUUCAAACUGUUCCCAAUUCGAUGGAACGUUGGCAAGGUAAAUUGGCAAUAGUCACCGGCGCUAGUGGCGGUAUAGGCGCUGCUUGCGCGCGUGCUCUAGUGGGAGCUGGUCUGCGUGUGGUCGGUCUAGCUCGUCGGGAAGCUAAACUGCUGGAGCUCAAGCAGAGCUUACCAUCAGAGUUACAGCCACAAUUUAUACCGCGUCGCUGUGAUGUGUCCAAAGAAGAUCAAGUUAUUGAGUCUGUGGCUUGGACUGAACGUAUGUUGGGUGGCGCGGAUGUGCUGUUAAAUAAUGCUGGUAUUACACGUGAAACGGAGUUGGUGGCUGUUGAUAAUACCGAGAAGAUACGUCAGGUAAUCGAUACAAACGUUAUGGCUGUGUUGUGGUGUACACGGGAGGUUUUUCGUGGCAUGUUGAAACGGGGCAAUGAGGGUCACGUACUGAUCAUUAAUAGCAUAGCUGGCCAACAGGUGUUGAAUUUUAUCGAUGUAUUGCCCAGUUUCAACAUAUAUCCGGCCACCAAGUUUGCCAUAACAGCGAUGACGGAAACCUAUAGACAGGAAUUUCAGUUGCAUAAGAAUAAAGUUCGGAUAACGGGUAUCUGUCCUGGUGCCGUGAAUACAAAUAUAUUUCCCGAAGAAAUUCAUUUCUACGUCAAGCAUAUGGCCCGUUUGGAGCCGGAAAACAUAGCCGAUGCAGUUUUGUAUGCUUUGCGCACACCUCCUCAUGUACAGGUGCACGAGAUCACAUUGAAGCCCAUGGGGGAAAUAUUUUGAGAAUUCAAUGAAUACAGAAUUUGUAUGAGAUUUUAGAAUAUACGCAAGAUUGCUUCCAAAAAACAGGAAAAA